AUGGACGAUGGAAAUCAAUUUUCUGUCACCCAGCAAAAACCAACUAGACCCAGGUUUCAGUUUACUGCACAACAUAAAGAUGUUUUAGAAAAGGUAUAUAAAGAUUCACCAUAUCCCGAUAAAGGUAGUAAACAACAAAUCGCCACGCUGAUCGGAGCAACAGAGAUACAAGUUAACGAGUGGUUUCAACGAAGAAGAAAGAAAGAUCCUGCUAUUCUAGCAAAAGUAGCUGCUGGAAACACUCAACUCCCAAAUAAUGCAACAGUUUUAUUGUCACAAUUGCCGACGGCUACUACGAUCAAUAGCACCAAUACAGUAAAUGCAGCUCAAACUUCGAAUGCUUCGUCGUCGUCUUUUCAAGGUGGUUUUUUAACAUCAAAUGGGACUAUUACCUCUCCAUUUUUUCCUUACAAUGGUCAUGUAAAUCCUCCUAUGCCAAAUCAUGAGGUUUACGUUUAUAUUGGAGAUAAUCAAGUAAGUUACAAUUCACCACUUGUAUCAAACUAUAAUCCAUCAACUUCUGCAAGUUACACUCUGCCUGGCUCUUCUGCUACGACUUCCAAGCAAACAGCCCAUAAUGAAAAUAAAUCCGAAAAACGCGAAGACAAGAAUAAAUCUACACCAGAUGAUGAAUCAUCUAGACAAUUGAUCGAAAGCAUAAUGCCAUACUUAAAACCUGAUUUGGGAUUAAUUUCUUCACAAGUUGUCCAUGAUUUCCUUCAUAAAGUUAAAGAUGCACCCUUAUCCGCACGUGGCUCAAUUCUUCAUAUUAUUGAUCAAACAAAAGAUAGUGAAACACUAAAAGGAUUAGUAAAUGAAAGAGCUUGUUAUCUUUUAAGAAAUUGGGUUAAAGAAGAAGCAAAGUCUCCUGAAAGCGAUUUACUACACAAAUUACUUCAAACUGUUAAUCACCUUCCAAUAGACACUGAGGCUUUAUCUGCAAGCGGCCUCGGAAGAGUAAUUAAUAAUACUAGAGUUAAAGAUUCCCAAAUACCAGGCGUAGCAGAAUUGGCAUCUUUACUAAUAAAUAAAUGGAUCGAAGAGAAAAGGCGAGCUGAUGAAAAGGCGAGUCAACUUGCUGCAGAAAAUUCCAAGUCAUCAGCAACAUCCGGUAGUAGCAGUACCAGACCGACCGUAAAGCCCUCGACAUCCACGAAGCCAUCAAAUCAGCCUUCUCAUUCUUCUCAGAAUGCAUCUUCAAAAGCGCUCAAAGGAAGGGAAGCUGCUGGACGUGUGAGACCAUCCUUAGAGUCCAAGGUUGAUCCUCGAAUGCAAGCAAGGCCUGACACUAGUCUUUUCGAUGAAAUUCUUGGAAAUCUUAACGCGUCAAAAUCAGCGAGACAAACUCAAAUUAACAGGGUUACACAAAAAGAUUCGAAGACUAUAAUUCCCGUUAAGAAUAAACAAACUGUACAAGCAACCCAAGCUAACGAAAAAUCAAGUUCUUCGUCACAACAAAUAACUUCAUUGGAUACUGGGAUUCAGAAAUCUGUUAUGGAAUUAGUUGAGGAUAAUUUAAAAGAAAAUAAGAAGGAGGUAAAAACAACUACCAGAAAAAGGAAGAGAGUGACAUUUGCUCCGGAUAACAUGCUCACACAAGUUAAAUUAUUCGAAAUGGAAGAGAGGGACUAUAUAGAAGGAGAGUUUUCUACAGUCGAUACUCCACACCAGUUUGGAAAUGCUCGAGAUUUAGAUAGAAGUGAGGGGUUGACGGCGUUCAAAAGGGUACGUAAAGCACCUGCAAUGCAGUGGUACACUCCUCCAAUGAUAAAUUUAGAAAGAUGCAAGUUCAUUAAACCGAAAUUAGAAAGUGAAGAGGCUAGAAUUCAAGAAGAAAGAGAAAGGCAAAUUUUGGAAACGAUUUAUAUUACACCAGAUCAAGUGCCACCUUCACCUGCAGAGCCCGAUGAAACUGUAAAACCUGACCGCACUAAAUCUCGUGAAAUUCUUCUAUAUGAGGAACCUAAUGAAGAUGACUAUUACGAUCGUGCAUUUAAUGAUGCUUCUGACAAUGAUUUAGAUAGCCUUCCUAUUUCUGAAGAAUUAUUAAGGACAUUACAACACGUGUAUGCUCAGUGGCAGAAUAUGCAAUUGGGUAAUCAAAAAAAUCAAAAUAAUAUGACGUUUUCUUCUAACACGGGAAUGGAUAAUCAGAAUAUUGUGCAAAAUUUGAUUGGGGGGAGAAUGCCUAUGCCUACGCAGAUUCUCCCCACUCCUCAACAGCCACCGAUUCAACAACCCAUUCCGUGGAAUUUAGACGUGAAACAGCCUAACACCAUCAUAAAUUAUCACCAGCAACAGCCGCCAGUCAUUAAUCAACCAUCCACAAACAUUACAUCAGCACUCGUCCAUUUAAUAACAAUGAUUCUGGCAUUGGCACUGGUGUUGGGCGCCCCGUUAGGCCUCCUCCCUCAUCUGUUAGGGGCAGAGGCAUUCGUAGUGCUGCACCCUCAUCAGCAGGUGGAAUUGGAAGACCUGCCAGUGGAAGGGGAUCUGAAUGUUGGUAUUACUCCUCGGGAAGGUGCAAUUUGGGCGAUGAUUGUAAAUUUCUUCACGUUGAUCACUGAUCAAAAUACAUUUAAAAACAAUGACUUUUGUGGUUGA